AUGGCGACGUCCCCCGCCGGUCGUAUGCUGUCUCGCCAGCUGCAGCAGAUGCAAUCCGAUAAGGACAUUCCCGGAAUCAGCUGUGGUCUGGUCGAUAGCAAUGUCUUCGAAUGGGAGGUUAUGCUCAUGAUUUCGGACGACGUGAAGUUGUAUGGAGGUGGUUUCUUCCGCGCUCGCCUCACUUUCCCUAUCGAGUACCCUCAUAUGCCGCCCAAGAUGAAGUUUGAAUCUCCUCUCUUCCACCCCAACAUUUACCCUAACGGCGACGUCUGUAUUUCUAUCCUGCACCCUCCCGAGGAAGACAAGUAUGGCUACGAGUCUGCCGCCGAGCGCUGGUCGCCCGUCCAGACCCCCGAGACCAUCUUGCUCUCGGUCAUUUCCAUGUUGUCCAGCCCCAACGACGAGAGCCCGGCGAAUGUCGAGGCUGCCCGGCUGUGGCGUGAGAAUCCGGCCGAGUUCAAGAAACGCGUGCGUCGGUGCGUGCGGGAGAGCCUAGGCGAGGAUUUAUGA